GAAGUAGAGAAACCCUUCCCUGCGGGGAGCGGGAGCGGGGAGCGGGAGCGGGGAGCGGGAGCGGGGAGCGUCCUGGUUCUGACCUCACAGGCCAGGUCAUGAAAGCCCUCCAGUGAGCCAGCGAUUACUCCCACCUCCAUCCUCUCUCCCAUCUUCCCCCUAAUUGCUGACCACGGCCUCUCCCCCUACUCUUUCUGCCUCCUUUAUCCUCUGGAGGCAUAAAAGCUGCAGUGGAGGAGCUGGACCCCCAGAGAGCUGGAGAGAGCUGCCAACUCCGGAGAGUGUCCUCUAGCUCCAAGCGCCCACCCUUCUGGCCACCAGAUGGCUCCCGCCGUCCCACUGGUCCUGCUUCUAGCCCUCUUGCUCAGCCUGGCGGAGACUCCUGCCUCAGUACCUGUCCACCAGGGGCGAGGAGGCUGGACCCUCAACAGCGUGGGCUAUCUGCUAGGUCCGGUGCUCCACCUUCCCCAGAGUGCAGACCACAGCGGGAAGAAGACAGUCCUGGAUGUCCUAGACCUGUGGAAGGCCAUUGAUGGGCUCCCCUAUCCCCAGCCUCAGCAGGCCUCCCAGAGGAGCCCGAGGGAGCCCUUUGCCAAAGCAGAGACUGCAGAUCCUGGCAAGCUCAGCAAGAAAGCCUUCAAGGGGGGAGAAGCCCUGUGGUCCUAGACAUCUCCAAACCUCUGCUCCACAUCCUUCUCUCCAUCUCCUUCUGAACCCAUGUGUAGCUUCCUCCACUGAGACUAAGAUCCUGAAAUUAAGUCCCCAAAUUCCAUGCAGAAACUUUGUAGUAUUGCCAUACUGUCUUGGGUUUCACUGAUUUAUCCUUGGAAUAAGUAUAAAGUGUUAACAAAUUCAAGAAUAAUUCUGGAGCAUUUAGAAGAUUCGGGGAAGUAAGGGAAUAUUUCAGCCUGUGUAAAGUAAUUAUAUUCUUUUGGAAUCAUCCCAAUUAUAGCAUGAGCUAUUGACUAACAGCAUAUGAAUAUCCCAUUUGCCUCUGAGAGUCUAUGAUGUUUUGACUCAAAUAGAUUGUGCAAAGUAGCGGGCUCGCCUUCCC